AUGACUGUUAACUUUGACGAGGACCUUCCCCAAGAUGUUUACGAGUUCAACGAAAUCCGCAAGAACAUGGAUUGGGAAAAGUCCGGAGUGGCCGCUCUUUUGAAACCUGCUCCUGUUACCCAGCAUUUACCCUCGUUCGACGCAGAAGGCAAACCUUGCUUCAAGCCUUAUCGCGGAUCAGGAAAGCUCGAAGGAAAAUAUGCUCUCAUUACUGGUGCUGAUAGCGGUAUUGGUAGAGCCAUUGCUAUGUGCUAUGCUUUGGAAGGUGUCAAAGGUAUCACUAUCGUUUAUCGUGAUGAAAGAGAAGACGAUGAUGCUUUAUACACCAAGAAGACGAUUGAAGCGCAAACCAACUGUCAAAUUCAUUUGAUUGCUCGUGAUAUUGGUUACGAAGAAAACUGCCGUGAGAUCCUGGAUGCUCACUUACAGACUUUUGGAAGAAUUGAUAUUCUUGUGAACAAUGCAGCUGAGCAGCAUAAAGUGACGCGUAUUGAAGAUCUUGAUUGCCCCACAGUGGAACGAACUUUCCGCACCAAUGUGUUUGGUCCUAUUUUCAUGACGAAAUUGGUGUGUGCUCAUCUCAAGGCGGGUGGUGUCAUUGUUAACACGGCGUCCGUUGCUGCUUACCGUGGUAUGGAUGUCCUUGUUGAUUACUCUGCCACCAAGGGUGCCAUCGUGUCAUUUACUCGUGCUCUUUCGCAGCAAUUGGCCGAUAGACGCAUCCGUGUGAAUGCUGUUGCUCCCGGACCUGUUUGGACACCUUUGAUUCCUAACACUUUCUCCAGAGAAGAAAUUCAAAAGUUUGGCUCCUUCCCUCCUUUGAAGAGACCUGCUCAACCAUGUGAAAUCGCUGCUGCUUUCGUCUUUUUGGCUUCCGAUGAUUCAUCUUUCAUUACCGGCCAGGUAGUUCAUCCCAACGGUGGUACUGUCAUUAAUACCUAA